AUGAAGGUCCUCCUCCUGCUCCUGCUGGCUUUUCUUCUGCCUCCUGGGGCUAAUGCUGAUGAGAUUAUUGGGGGCCAAGAAUCAAUUCCACAUUCCCGUCCUUACAUGGCAUUUCUGGAAAUCGAAAAACAUGGUUUUAAGUACCAAUGUGGCGGGUUCCUAAUUCGGAGGGACUUCGUGAUGACAGCUGCCCAUUGUGCAGGAGAUUCCAUCAAAGUUUCCCUUGGAGUACAUAACAUCAAAAAGAAAGAGUCAACCUGGCAGAUCCUUAAUGUCAAACAUCAAAUUCCUCACCCAGAAUAUGACCCCAGGAGGAUUCUCAACGACAUCAUGUUACUAAAGCUGGAAGAAAAAGUCAACCUGACUUUGGCAGUGGGGCCUGUCCCCAUUGCUUCAGAGCGCAAUCCUAUUGACCAUGGGAAAGUAUGUCGAGCAACUGGCUGGGGAAGGACAGGAGUAAUAGCUCCAGGAUCAGAUACUUUACAGGAAGUGAAACUGAGACUAAUGGAUCCUGUUAACUGCAAGCAUUAUCCCAGUUUUGAUAAGAAACGCCAGUUGUGUGUGGGAAACCCCAAGAAAAUUCAAUCAGCAUAUAAGGGAGACUCUGGAGGACCCCUCAUUUGUUCUGGUGUGGCACGAGGCAUUGUCUCCUACGGAAGACAUGAUGCAUUACCUCCUGCAGUCUUCACUCGAAUUUCCUAUUACCGCCGCUGGAUCAAUCAAAUUCUAAAAUCAAAUUAGCUCUGUGGCCUUGGCUCUGUCAAAAGGAGUCUCCAUCCUGGGGCUGAGCCAUUCUCUUGAUGCCCUCACACUAGGACCACCCCAAUGUCUGCUCAGCCCCAUCCCAGAGCCUAAAGUUGGGGAGGAGGGGAAAGGAUUCAGUGAAGAUUUAAACGGGAUAUUGAACUCAAGUCUAACUAUGACUUCAA